UUUGUUUCUUUUUUUUUUAAAUUUUUAAAUAGGGUAAAUUAUUAUAAAAAUUAUUUUUUUAAUUAGUAACUUAUAAUUUUCUCGAUAGUUCUGAAUGGCACAGCACCGAUCAGGCAGCUCCACAACAACUCUAUAUAACAGGGCUUGCAAGGUCACUAAUCUUCACAUCGAUCUAACUCAUAUAGUAUAUUUCAUAUAGAAAGAUGGAGCGUUCCAUGCGUUUGUUUUCGACUGCCUUCGUCUUUGUUCUUCUUUUGGUGGCUACAGGGAUGAUGGGACCAAUGCUUGCAGAGGGUAGGACCUGUGAGGCUCACAGCCGCAAGUUCGAGGGACACUGCCAUAGUAAAAGCAACUGUGCAUCUAUUUGCCAGACUGAGGGCUUCCAGGGAGGCCAUUGUCGUGGCUUUCGCCGCAGAUGCUUCUGCACUAAACAUUGUUAAUUAGCUAUUAAUUAAUGAUCAAAUGAUCAUCAUUAAUCAGACAUGUAUGAUAUAUAUGUGUGACAUGAUGAAAUAAUCGCUUAAUUAUCAUUCCGUGCAUGGAUACCUACGUACGUGCUUGCUUGUGUGCUACUAGAAUAAAUUAAUAACCCAAUCUUUCACAGUUGGGUUAUCAUUAAUUGUUCUUUUGUUCUUGUUUAUUAAGAAAAACUAUCACCGCGUGAGUUACUUUGUAAUCUCUUAUGGAGAUGUUCAUUUUAUGUAACUU